AUGCCACUGAAACAAUCAAAUCCCGACCCACGGUCGUUGACCCUCCUCUUGAAGAAGCAUAAGACCACCGUACUCCUCUCGCUCCAGCCUCACGAACCUCUUUCAUCCGCCAAAGAGAAGCUGCUAGAAGCUUUGCAAUCGCGUGAACUUCGUGAGAUCAAUGGUGACUCCAUACCGACCGACCCCGCUCUCAUCGAGUUUGGCGUGCCUGUGGACCGAGGCGAUCUAGAGAAAGGAUGGACCCGGCUUCAGGCAGACACCACAGACAUCACAAAUGUCGCAAAUGCUCCAUCCAAGGGAAAGUCCAAGAUACCAUCCGAUACUGUGAUGGCUGCAGGCCUCGGCAAUGGCCAUUUGGUUGCAUUCCGCUUCCGCAACCCGGGUGAGAUACCAGAGCGCGAUGAGCUCGAAGUCGGUCUUGAUGUGGAAGACUCGGGUUGGGACGUAGUGAUCCCAAGUUUCGACGAUGAAGAGGAGCUUUAG